UACUAAAGUUGUUCGCGUCAUCCCAAAUGAUGAGAUACAGAAAAGAGUCAUUGAUCACCUCGCAGACAGACGGGAUAUCCAGGUGGAGUUCUGGAAGCACCCAAAUGGCAUUGGUCAGGCUGUAGAUAUCCAGAUCCAAGAUAUGGACUACGGUACUUUUGAAAGCCUUAUGCGCGACCAUCAAAUUCCGUUUAUAAUCCUCGACAGUGACCUGGACAGGACGAUUCAAGAACAACAAUCUACUGGUUCCCGAAGCCGCUCUUCUUCUUACCACAGCAGAUAUCAYAACUUGAAUGAGAUCCAUAACAAGUUGCGACAAAUCGCCAGCUCACGUYCCGAUAUGACUCGAGUGUUUAGUCUCGGUAGGUCAUACGAAGGAAGAGAUAUGACUGCAAUUGAGAUCAAGGGUAAAUAUCGAUACAAUAAGCCUGUGUUCUUUUGGGAAUGUGGAAUUCAUGCAAGAGAAUGGAUAUCACCAGCUACCUGCAUGUAUAGCAUCGAACAGAUGGUGUCUAAGUAUGGUAGAGACACCGGUGUUACAGCAUUGUUGGACAAAAUGGACUUCAUUGUUCUUCCUGUUAUGAACGUUGACGGCUACGCGUACACAUGGAAAGGGAGAUCUAGCCGGUACCGAAUGUGGCGAAAGAACAGGAGACCCGUUGGAGGAGGGUGCAUUGGUACCGAUCUAAACAGGAACUGGGGCUACAAAUGGGGAGGAGUAGGAGCAAGCUCUCGACCAUGCGACAGUACAUACCGUGGAAACAGACCGUUCUCUGAGAUUGAAAGCCAAAACGUUCGCAACUACCUUAACAGGCUUGGCGRAAAGUUGAAAGGAUUUAUCGACAUGCAUGCUUACAGUCAAAUGUGGUUCACACCGUGGGGAUAUACGAGAAGCACCCCGCCUCACUAUAGAGAACAGAAACGGGUGGCAGGAAUUGCAUCGAGGGCUAUUGAAAGAGCUGGAUAUAGAACGCGAUAUACGUAUGGCUCCUCGGCACAACUGCUAUACCCCGCUUCAGGUGGAGUUGAGGACUGGGUCUACAAAGAGCUAGGUGUCACGUACUCAUUUUCCGUGGAACUACGUGACAAGGGUCGCUAUGGUUUCCUUCUGCCCGAGAGGUAUAUCAUCCCAUCUGGCCAUGAGACAUUUGAAGGUGUGAAGGCUCUGGUUGAAGCGAUGAGAGUGUAGAAUACACGAUGUUACUCAUAUUCAAUAAAUAAUCAACCGCU